AGGAGUGGGGGGGGACCAGGUGGCGAGAAACUGCACAGAAAAUCUGGCCAUCGAAGAAGAUUUUGGCCAGGAAGCCACGACGCAAAGACUUCUUUUCUUUUCCGCGGAGCUCAGGGAUGCCGACCGCACCUGAUAUAUCCGUCGCGGCGGAUCACAAGCGGAAAACGUUGACCGGAGCACGCACGCACAAGGCUUACGUGUCCAGCCACACACGCUCUCCUACGUCGACAAGUUGGGUGUCCUCUCGUGUCUAGUCACAAGGCUGGAAAAUACUUACCCCGGUACCGCAUUAGAGCCCCAGUACAAAAUUAAAACCUCACAAGAUUAUUGUGCCGGUGUGUGUUCACCGGUAUUUCCCUCGCAGUAAACGAUUCGGAAGGAGCCCAAAAAAGGAGCUCAUUUGUUGCAUAGAUCUGCGCUUUAACGACCGCGUGAUACGAUCUGUCGUAUCCAAAGAGUUUUCUUUCUUCUUAUUCACAUGUAAAAGAAAUACAUUUUUUUAAGUAGAAAUAGACAGGUGUUAUGGCAACAAAACGUGAUGUCUGGUAUUUGCCUUAAAAAAUGAUUUUUAAAAAAGGACUAAAAGUAAAAUAUUUUUUAAAAAAAGAUUAGCGGUGUUUAAGCUGCUGUAAAUGACUUGUUGCCUAUAAGCUAUCAACCAUAUCGCUCAUAAAUUGAUAUCGAGUCAUUCUGAGCCAGUGAGAGCAUACCUGGCACACGGUAGGAGCUUCAUUCAGGUUUUUUUGUUUUGUUUUGUUUUUUAUUUGUUUUUGCAAAGUGACUUUUACAUAUUCUUUAAUUUUUUUACAUGAAAGGCUUUUCACUGACUUUAAAAAUGUCUUUUCAAGGGAGCUGUGUCCAAGAGGGGAAAAGAAAUUGCAUGAAAUAUCACAUAACAGUUCUACAAAGAUAUUUUAAGUGACUAAAAAGGGCUGGAAUGGUCAUUAUGUAGAACAGAGGACAGACACAACAACGCAGACAUAAUGAUAUAAAAAUGAUCAUUUGUCUAAUUUAUAUAUAACCCGCAUAUUUGCCUAUAUUUUGCCUAUAUGCAAUAUUACACAUUUAUAACAUCACUUCUUUUUUGGGGGGGGGGGCAUUCUGGGCUCCUAUUAGCGCAGAGCUGUAUAGGACACACCUACCACCACAUCAUUCACUUCCUUCGCACCGCGAUCUCUCCACAUUAUACGACAGACCCAGACAGAAGAGGACGCACUAAGACAAGAGCCGAGUGAUGAUACCGGGAUAAAGAUAAAUCAGCCAGGGCUAAAGACAAAAGUUGACGAUUAAACUGACACCGCGGUUUUCUUUUCCACUGAACGUCAUCCUCCUCCACGGCUUCAAGUUUCAAAUGGACAGACACUUGGAGACGCCUGGCUCAACAAGCAUGGGAUUAUUUCUGUAAUGUGGAUUGCUACUCCCUUGCAAGAAAAUAAAGGUCUGCUGCGGAACAAUGUGAGACGUUGUGCAUCUUGGAUUCUCGUGUUUCUGGAUAUCUUGAAAAUAAUUGGCAAUAGUUGAGACAAAAAGAAGAAGAAGAAAAAGAAGUUGACACGCGAAGGAUUGUAUCCUUGGGACCAGCAUGGAUUUGCUUUUACAACCUCCUGCCCUUUCAGAGAAGUUUUAGCCGGUCCUCUUGUAUAUUGUCGCACUUGUGAACUUCAUGCUUGAGAACAAAAAGCCACAUUUGGCCUGCUGAUUUUAUUUUUUUCUAAACAAAGAUCGUCUGCCCCCUUGGAUUGGAUUUCAAACACCAUGAACUUUAUUGACAGUUUGACACUAUUAUUUUUGACGCUGUCAGCUGUCAAGAGUGCCCACAUACCGAGGGAAACAGAAAGAGGUCCACAUAACGUGAUCCCUCUGAUGGAGGUGUACAACAAGAGUUUGUGUCAACCUCGGGAGCUUUUGGUGGAAAUUCUGCAGGAGUAUCCAGAUGAGGUGGAGCACAUCUUCAUCCCGUCAUGCGUCGUUUUAACACGCUGUGCCGGCUGCUGCAACGACGAGAUGCUGCAGUGCACGCCGACAUCUACUUAUAACGUUACAAUGGAGAUUAAAAGAAUUAAUCCCAGGAGGCAACAAAAUGAUAUUUUCAUGAGUUUUACAGAACACAGCGCAUGCGAGUGUAGGUUAAAGAAUGAAGUGAAAGAAAAGAAAGAAAAGAGUGGACGUCCGAGUCAGCUCAACCCAAGGUCAGACCCUGCAAUGCUCAGAGAAACUACAGACUCUACAGGCCUCAGUUAGCAUGUUAAAUGUAUGGCUUGUUUGGAAGGCUGCCAGGAAAAAGCCUCUUCACUCUAAAAAGACAAUGGCAGCACGGCUUAGGUUUCCAAAGUUGCAUCUGAACAAAAGACAAGACUUCUGGAAGGAUGUCCUUUGGACAGAUGAGAAGAAGUGGAGACGUUCGGCCAUAAUGCACAGCACCACAUUUGGGGAAAACAAGCACAACAUAUCGGCAAAAGCAUCGUAUAUCAACUAUCAGCCACAGUGGUAGAGGGAUAAUAAUUUGGGUUUGUUUUCUAGCCAAAGGACCUGGGCACCUUGCAGUCAUUGAGUCGGCCAUGAACACCUCUAUAUACCAAAGUAUUCUAGAGACCGUGUAAGGCCAUCUGUCCGACAACCUAAGCUCGGUCCUAACUGGGUCAUACAACAAGGACAAUGAACCCAAACACGGCAGCAAAUCUCCAACAGAAUGACUUUAAAAGGAAAGAAUAAAGGUGCCGCAAUGGCCUAGUCAAAGUCCAGACCUCAACCUGAUCGAAAUCCUGUGGAGGGGCAUUGGAGCUGUGCCUAAAUGAAUGCCCGCAAACAUCGAUGAACUGGAGAAUCGCUGUGAAGAAAAGUGGACCAAAAUUUCUCCAGAACGAUGUGAGAGACUGAAAGUCUUACAGAAAAUAACUGCUUCAAGAUACUGCUGCUAAAAAUUGUUUGACAAGCUCUUAUAUCAUGGGGUGCACUUAGUUUUUCCCAGGACUACAUAGAGUCCUGUUAAAACUUUCUUUUUCACAUCACUGUGAGUCUGACACUACAGUUGUAUCGCAUCUUCUGUGCAUGAUACAGUUGCAACACUUUUAUUUAUUUCUUAUUCCUCCUAAUAUUUAUACUAUUUUAUAUUUUGUCUUACUUAGACAGUAGAAUUAAUGUAUUGUAUAUAUGCUAGCCAUAAAUAUCAAUAGAUACCUGUAAUCAUGAUUUUUGCUGUUACGUUUAACUAACAAAAGUUUCCAGCAUAGUUAAAUAUACCUUAUGCAGCGGAAUUAUAUCUGACUCGGCUCGUUAUAAAUAAUGCAUAUGAAAUCCAGCCUAUACACCAGGUGCAUGCAUUGUAACCACACGCUGGCCUGUUCUCAUUGUGCUACAGUUUGUAACAAGUUGAGUCAGUGAUAAAGAGUUGACCCAGAUAGACUGAAAGAUGCAGUUUUGGUCCAUUUUUUUUGUCUUCAGGUCAUCUGGGAAAUUUCCACCCACCGCAACCUUCAAAGUAGAAUACGCUUUCACUCUCUGCAGAGUCAUUGUACUUAUUAUUUAAACAUAUAUACAUAUCUUUUGAGCCCAGUUUUGGGCAGUGAAGGAAUUUAGUCUCGGAAUAUGCGAUAUUGAUCAUAUUCACACAGUGAGCUGCUUUACUCUGGCCGUUUCUUGAGAAAGAGGAUAUAAGUUGUUGUCUCGCCUUCUAAAAGCGUCAUUUGUAGGUCAUUUAACUCAUGAUGGAGUUACUUUCUCACUACGCUCAUUCAUUUCACAUCAUAUCUCAUCUUUGGGUCAAGAGAGCCUUGUGUGAAGUUAGAAUCCCAUAUAAGCCAAUCAGUAACAAAAAUUAAAACCCUUAGCUAAUAAAAUGAUAUACAUAUUUAAAAAAAAAAAAAAUUGCGAUCAAUUGAUGUUGGCUUGAGCAAUUAUCAUUCUGACAUUUAAGCACAUCACUCUCAUCAGUCUCUCAGGCAUCUCUCUGCCUUGUUCUCCUGUCUCUCUUGCAGAAAAUCCCGGACAGGCAGGGAUAAAGGCCAAAAGAGAAAACGAAAGAAAAACCCUGAAAAAACAAUUCACGAUGCGUAUGUCAGCUCUGCCUUCUCCACCUACCUGCACCUGAGUGUUGCGCUUCUCAUAAUUAAGCUAA